AUGCAAUGCGGAAGGCUGCGACGGUACCGGGGCAGCGGAGAAGGACGGAGAGGCGGGAGGCGCUGCGGCUGAGGCGUUUAGCAGCUGGUGGCCUGAACGAGGUAGACCAUGACUGUGGCUUCAGUGGCGUCACUCGCUGGGCCGCUCUUCCUGAGGUUUUCCUAAACCGUCCACUGGCGGAACCGCUCCCAGUUUUUGUCCAGAAGUGCUUGUAGAAAAGAUGGCUGAUGUUAACCUCAAAGAAAUAACCUUAAUAGUAGGUGUGGUUACUGCCUGUUAUUGGAACAGCCUUUUUUGUGGUUUUGUUUUUGAUGAUGUUUCAGCAAUACUGGAUAACAAAGACCUGCAUCCAUCCACACCUUUAAAAACUUUAUUUCAAAAUGACUUCUGGGGAACCCCCAUGUCUGAGGAGAGAAGCCACAAGUCUUACCGUCCCUUAACAGUAUUGACAUUUCGCUUAAAUUAUUUGUUAAGUGAACUAAAACCAAUGUCAUAUCAUCUCCUGAAUAUGGUUUUUCAUGCUGUGGUUAGUGUGAUAUUUCUCAAAGUGUGCAAACUUUUUCUGGACAACAAGAGUAGUGUGAUUGCUUCUUUACUUUUUGCAGUGCACCCAGUACACACAGAAGCAGUAACAGGAGUUGUAGGAAGAGCAGAACUUUUGUCAUCUAUCUUUUUUCUAGCAGCUUUUUUGUCAUAUACCAGAUCAAAAGGACCAGACAAUUCCAUAGUAUGGACUCCAGUUGCAUUGACAGUGUUUUUAGUGGCUGUUGCAACAUUGUGUAAAGAACAGGGAAUAACAGUUGUGGGAAUUUGCUGUGUGUAUGAAGUGUUUAUUGCCCAGGGGUAUACUUUGCCAUUAUUAUGUACUACAGCUGGACAGUUUCUCCGUGGAAAGGGUAGCAUUCCAUUUUCUAUGCUGCAGACACUAGUAAAACUCAUUGUCUUGAUGUUCAGUACAUUAUUACUUGUUGUGAUUAGAGUCCAGGUUAUUCAAUCCCAACUUCCAGUAUUCACCAGGUUUGAUAACCCAGCUGCUGUAAGCCCAACUCCUACAAGGCAGCUAACUUUUAACUACCUCCUUCCUGUGAAUGCUUGGCUUUUAUUAAAUCCUUCAGAGCUCUGCUGUGAUUGGACCAUGGGUACAAUACCACUUAUAGAGUCAUUACUAGAUAUUCGAAAUUUGGCUACAUUUACUUUUUUUUGUGUUCUUGGGGCUUUGGGAGUAUUCAGUCUCAGAUACUCCGGUGAUUCCUCCAAGACUGUUUUAAUGGCACUUUGUUUAAUGGCAUUACCAUUUAUUCCUGCAUCGAACCUUUUUUUUCCAGUUGGAUUUGUUGUUGCUGAGCGAGUAUUGUAUGUUCCCAGCAUGGGGUUCUGUAUUUUGGUAGCCCAUGGAUGGCAGAAAAUAUCAACAAAAAGUGUAUGUAAAAAGCUAUCCUGGAUUUGUCUGUCUAUGGUGAUACUCACUCAUUCCUUAAAAACAUUCCACAGAAAUUGGGAUUGGGAGUCUGAAUAUACAUUGUUUAUGUCAGCCUUGAAGGUAAAUAAAAAUAAUGCCAAACUAUGGAAUAAUGUGGGUCAUGCUCUGGAAAAUGAAAAGAACUUUGAGAGAGCUUUGAAAUACUUCGUACAGGCUACCCAUGUUCAGCCAGAUGACAUUGGUGCCCAUAUGAAUGUAGGAAGAACUUAUAAAAAUUUAAAUAGAACCAAAGAAGCUGAAGAAUCUUACAUGAUGGCUAAAUCACUGAUGCCUCAAAUUAUUCCUGGUAAAAAAUAUGCAGCCAGAAUUGCCCCUAACCACCUAAAUGUUUAUAUCAAUCUGGCUAACCUGAUCCGAGCAAAUGAGUCCCGACUGGAAGAAGCAGAUCAGCUGUACCGUCAAGCAAUAAGCAUGAGGCCCGACUUCAAGCAGGCUUACAUUAGCAGAGGGGAAUUGCUUUUAAAAAUGAAUAAACCUCUUAAAGCAAAGGAAGCAUACCUUAAAGCACUAGAGCUGGACAGAAAUAACGCAGAUCUUUGGUACAACUUGGCAAUUGUAUUUAUUGAACUUAAAGAACCAAAUGAAGCUCUAAAAAACUUUAAUCGUGCUCUAGAACUAAAUCCAAAGCAUAAACUAGCGUUAUUCAACUCUGCGAUAUUAAUGCAAGAAUCAGGUGAGGUUAAACUCAGACCUGAAGCUAGAAAACGACUUCUAAGCUACAUAAAUGAAGAGCCACUGGAUGCUAAUGGCUAUUUCAAUUUGGGAAUGCUUGCCAUGGAUGACAAAAAGGACAAUGAAGCAGAGAUUUGGAUGAAGAAAGCCAUAAAGUUACAAGCUGACUUCCGAAGUGCUUUGUUUAAUCUAGCUCUCCUGUAUUCCCAGACUGCAAAGGAAUUAAAGGCUUUGCCAAUUUUGGAAGAGUUACUCAGAUACUACCCUGAUCAUAUCAAGGGCCUCAUUUUAAAAGGAGACAUUCUGAUGAAUCAAAAGAAAGAUAUACUAGGAGCAAAAAAGUGUUUUGAAAAGAUUUUGGAGAUGGAUCCAAGCAAUGUGCAAGGAAAACACAAUCUUUGCGUUGUUUAUUUUGAGGAAAAAGACUUAUUAAAAGCUGAAAGAUGCCUUGUUGAAACAUUGGCAUUAGCACCACAUGAAGAAUAUAUUCAGCGUCAUUUGAAUAUAGUCAGGGAUAAGAUUUCCUCAUCUGGUUUUGUAGAACAGCCAAUGCUCCCAACCAGUAAGACUUCAGGUGUAGAAGGAGACAAAAUUCCAGCUGAAAGUGUAAAAGAAAUCAGAGAUGAAUCCAGACAAACACAAAUAGUAAAAACAAGUGAUAAUAAAAGUCCAUCUAAAUCCAACAAACAAUUAGGAAAAAAUAGAGACAAAGAGACCCCUCACAAAACAGCAAAAGACAUCAAAGAAAUUGAGAAGAAAAGAGUUGCUGCUUUAAAAAGACUAGAAGAGAUUGAGCGUAUUUUAAAUGGUGAAUAGCAUUAAUAUUUAUCAUGUGACAAUGGUAUCAAAGAACAUCAAUCUAUCACGUGAUUGCUUCUGCUGGGAGCUUUGAAAAAAAAGUUCAAGGGUUCCUAAUGGUCAAUCAUGAGCUGCCUUGAAGUAGGAUCAAAGUAAGAUUUUCAUUAAAGACUUGUAUUAUCCCAGGAUGUAUAUCAUAUGACAUAUGGCUGUUUACAAAGUUUGGGUGAAUAUAGCAGAAAUAUUACAGUGAAAGUGACAAAUUUACACUUCUUAUUAUAGAAAGAAGGUGUUUCUGGCAGUGUAAUCUUUACUGCUCUCAAUUAAAAAUAAUUUGAUGCCUGAAUGAUAAUCCCUUGAGG